AUGGCUUUUGGAUUUGGAAACUCGGGAAAUGUCAUGGCCGGCGGUGCAGCUGGAGGGGUCAACUCUGGGCCCGACUUGGAGACGAUCCAGACAGAGGCCCUCGGCUUCCUCUCCGUUGCCGGUGAUGCCAAGGUUCGCCUGACCUCCCCAUGGACCUCCCUGCCAGCCCCGACUUCGUCGCUCCUCAGCGUUGCGUCUCGAAGGGGUCUUGUUGCUGCCGCCGGGCCCGACCAGGUAGUGGUCGCGCAGACAGAAGCUGUUCGAAAAGCAUUCGAGUCUUCCAGAGAUGGCAGCUCUGAUAUCCGACCCUUCCAGCCGCAUCUCACCUUGCCUAUGCCCAUGCGUGUGGCUCAUAUCGCUUUCACUGCUGAUGAGAAUUACCUAAUUCUCUCUGCCGAGUCCGGGGGGGGUCUUGCGGUAUACGAAGUGCAGAGCCUACUUCAGGGGUCCUCGAACCCAGUCUUUGAACUUCCCACCAACGGCGAGUCCCUCCGAUCACUUAUCCCGAAUCCGACUCCCGAGAAAGCGGAGCUGUGUGCUAUCGUGACGGGUGGUGGAAAUCUUCACAUGGCCGAUCUCAAGGAGAGGAGGUUGAGCCACGUCCUCAAAGGCCAAGUCAGCUGCAUCAGUUGGAGCACCAAGGGCAAGCAGCUCUGUGCCGGCCUCGCCGACGGCUCCAUCCACCAGAUGACGCCCGAAGGAACGGCUAAAGGUGAAAUCCCGAAGCCACUUGGGUUGGGUAAUUGUCAUGGUAUGUACAGCGACUGGCAUCUGUUCCACUCCACUCCGUUGCUGAGACACGUCCGUCCAGUUUCCUCUCUCACCUGGCUGGAGAACAACCUCUUCCUCUCCAUUCACUCCACCUCGGGCGAAUCGCCACCGAACUCCGUCUACCAUAUCAUCACAAGGGAGCCGCCCUCAACGUUUACUUUCAGAAAGCUUGCCGAUCCCAUCGAGCCCUUUGGCUCGGAAAAAGUCGCUCAUCAUUCCAUUUUGAGACUGAAGGAUUUCCCCCCAGAUCUUCAGGAUCUGCUCAUCGUAUCGUCGACGGCAUCCACCGAGGUUGGCCUCUUGAGCAGAUCGAGCGCACCGCUCGCCAAUGACAAGCCGGCAAACACCAUCACUGGUGUCUUCACCACCACCGAGCUGCUUGAUGACACGAAGCGGCCAACGCUUCCUAUGACGGAUGCCAUGGAUGAUUCGACCCCUAUCGGCGUUGCGCUGGACUUGUCGAGCAAAGAACGAGUGUACAAGCCCAUUCCUUCCGACGAGGAACUGGAAGAGUCUCCGGGACCGCUACCGGGCUUGUGGAUUCUCACGCACGAAGGCGUGCUUUGCUCCUGGUGGGUGGUGUAUACGGAUUCUAUCAGGAAAGGAACCGCAUACUCCGGGUUUUCCGCUCUCGAAGGCUCUACCGCAAUUGCUACUCCGGCAAAGCCAGCCCCUACAGUCUCGGCGUUUACCCCUGCUUCUGCCGCCGCCACGCCUGCCUUUGGCGCCGCCGCUCAGAUAGGGCAAAAAUCAUCUCCGUGGGCUGCUUCAUCCGCAGCGCCAACGUCAAACACGGGUGGAGCAACGUUUGGAUCCAGCGCAUUUGGCACACCGUCUGCCUCGGGCGCGGCUUUUGGCAAACCAAGCGCUCUAGGAUUUGGUCAGUCCUCACAAGUCGGCAUGCGCACUUCGCCCUGGGCCUCGGCCGGGGCCUCCGGGCCUCCAGCUUUCGGUCAGUCUGGCUUCUCCAACUUUGCCAAAGCUGGAAAUCCUUUUGCGGCAACACCAGAUGCUGCAUCAUCUGGUGGCGGAUUCGCUGGGUUUGCCAAACAAACUGGCGCGGGCGGCUUUGCUUCCGUCGCGAGCAACAGUGGAGGUGCACGCUUGUUCGACAGCGGAAGCAAGGCUACCGUCAACCCAUUUGCAUCCACCUCCACCAGCAAGGAUACCGUAUUCUCCGCCAAGGAGGAAAAGUCUUCAGGUUCGGUAUUCGGUGCAACUCCCUUCAAGUUAGAGUCCUCCUUCAAGCCGGAUACGCAACAGAAUGAAGUGAACGAGCAGCCUACUGGAUCUUCAAUGUUCGGGAAUGCUUUCGGAUCAGCGCUCGGCGAUGUCGGCCGAUCGACGACACCUCCGGCUAAAGACGAAGAUAUGGAUGCUGCCGAGUCGACAGAACGCACACCACAAGCCGAACCAACAUCCGUCUUUUUGGCCCGUUCGAACCAGGAAUCCACUACGCCCACAACUACGCCUGCUCCAACAAGAUUUGGCCCUUCGCCCUCACUCACCCAGGAGUCAUCCUCGUUUGGCCAGCCUAGCAAGAGCAACGGCGCAGCUGGGAUUUUUGGUAGUUCUACUUUGGAAACUCCAAAAUCGGGUGGCUUCUCGGGUUUCUUCAGUCAGCCGAAAGAUUCUCCCCAAGCAGAGUCCACGGCGGAGCAGGCGACACCCAAUAUCAAGUUGGAGGAAGAAGCGAGCAAGCCUUCCAAGCCGGAGGUUGCGUCGCUCACCUCGGGUAUUUCAACAACCCCGAAACCUCUUGCGACAACUCGUGAUGCUGAUAUACCGAAAGUGAUAGACGAUGCACCCCUACCCCCUGACUUUACCAAGCUGUCAAAGCCUGCUGUGCCGGAUGCUCCAUUGCCCCCUGAUUUCGGCGCCGGGUUGAGCGAGUCGGAGCCGGAAGCGGACGAUGCACCACUGCCGCCCGAUUUUAUUAUCCCCAAAGCACCUUCGAGGGGGCGAUCUGACAUCCCUGUCAUUCCUGAAGGCGCCGAAAGCGACAGUGACCUUGGAGAAGACAACGCAUCCGAAGGCAGCGGAGUCGAUGUUGCACAAGAUCUGAGCCCUAGCACGGACGGUCCCUCGCCUACGCCAGGCUUCAGCGUUCAAAGCUCUUUUGACGAUCGUGGAGGCAAGUCAACGACGGAUGGAUCAAAGCCACUCUUUGGCAGAAUCAGUCGAAACGCACCUGUAUUCCCUCUGCCCAGUGCCACCAGCCCGCGGUCGCCGAGUCCGUUGCGGGGUGCCGUAUCACAGCGAGUUAUCAGAUCUGAUGCGACGCGGUCGGUCAGUGCUCCCGGUAUGGCAUCACAAAUCCUGGGAUCCAAGAAGCCACUUUCACAGCUCGGCGCGUCAAUCGUCAGCAAGGAGAAGCUGGCGCAUGCCGAGGACCAGUUCCUCAUUCAGCAUCGAAAGCUUAAGGAGCGUCAGGAGGCGGAGGAGGCUCAGCCGCUGGUUGAUGAAGAAGACGACGAGGUGCAAAAGGUUCUCGCGUCGGAAGUCGAAGGUACGCUGGACUUGGAUGAGUUCAUCGCGCAUUCCAACGUCGCUCCGCCCGCGAAGGACAGCAUACCCUCACAGGUGGAAGCGGUUUAUCGUGAUAUCAACUCGAUGAUCGAUACCCUGGGCCUGAACUCGCGAGCCGUCAAGGCCUUCACCAAGGGCCACCUGGAAAAUAUCAAGAAGGAGGGUCGGACAAAAGAUGACCUGGAAGACCCUGAUGAUUGGGUCAUGUGCGAGGGUUCAGAGUUGGGCGAGGUUCUGGACAACGACCUGCACAACGACCUGGAAGACGGGCGCGUGCAGGAUCUGGACGAUAAGCAAGACGCCUGCCAAGAUGUGGCCCGAGAUAUGCAACGGCUGAGGGCCAAGCAGGAAGACCUGAAACGAGUCAUCAUGACUCGGUUGGAUCCUGGCCAGGCUGACGUUGCCCGCUCGCUACCUCUCAGUGCCGAGCAGGCCGCGCAGCAGAACGAGCUCCGGCGAGAAUUCACCAACUUUGCGCGACUGCUGGCUCAAGCUGAAGAAGCCUUGACGCUCCUCAAGACGAGGCUGGCGUCUUGUACGGGCACCACAGGGCGCGCCAACGCCAACGCGCCCACUGUCGAGGCCGUGAUGCGGACUAUUUCCAAGAUGACAUCGAUGGCAGAGAAGCGGAGCGGAGACAUCGAUGUGCUAGAGACGCAAGUGCGGACGAUGCGCCUUGGGUCCAUCAGCCGUGAGGGGUCUCCGAUGGUGACGCCGCAACCUAGGAGGAGCAUCAUGAUGUCGCCUGAGUCGACGCCAUCGCGCACAUUGCGCCAAAGUCUGUCCGGGAGCGUCAUGUCUUUGGGUCCGGGGGGAGGCAGGACUUCGACACCGCGGAAGAAAGCGAGUGGGUUCAGCAAGGAGGAAAAGGACGAGUUGAUGGGGAAGAAGGCGCGACGACAAGCUAUCUUGGCAAAAUUCAAGAGCAGCGUGGAAAAGAAAGGCGUUAGUGUUUGGAACAUGGAGGACAUUGAAUAA